AUGGCCUUCUUGUUUGGCAAGUCCUCCAAAUCAAAGACUGGUUCCAGCGCCGCCGCCGCCCCAUUACCGCCUGCGACACGCGAGAUACGCUCCUCCGACGGCCAUGGCAGCCAGAUUCCCACCCUCAAUGGCAUUGGGGGCAUCUCCAGCAAGCCGGGGUCGCCCACCCCCGAUCAGAGCAUGAGCGCCAGUAUAAAUGCCGUCGCCGAGAAAGAGAUGGGUGUCUCAGGCCCGCGGCACGCAGAGAACAGAGUGACGACGUUGAGAGACGAGGGCGCAAUUAGGAGCAACGGACCCCCCAGCCCCGAACAGAAAUCAUUGCGAGAUGCCAGCCGCGACGCCAGCCGAGACGCCCAGCAGAGACUACCCACGCAGUCGAGACCUUCAGGCGACGGUGCUUCGCCGUAUCCUUGGUCGCAACGCCGCAUCAACUUCACAGUCACCCAUACGAACCCGUUCCCGCGAUACGGCGCUGCAGUCAAUUCGGUCUCGAGUAAAGACGGCUCAAUAUACUUGAUGGGAGGUCUCAUCAAUGGCAGCACUGUGAAGGGAGAUCUGUGGAUGGUGGAGGCUGCCGGUGGAAACAUGACUUGCUUCCCCGUCGCGACCACCAGCGAAGGUCCAGGGCCAAGAGUAGGCCAUGCGAGCUUGCUCGUGGGCAACGCUUUCAUCGUGUUUGGUGGGGACACCAAAAUGGACGAAGGCGACAUGCUGGACGAUACGCUUUAUUUGCUGAAUACUUCCACCAAGCAAUGGUCCAGAGCACUCCCUGCCGGCCCACGACCUCCAGGUCGUUACGGACAUACCCUCAACAUUCUUGGAAGCAAGAUAUACAUCUUUGGUGGUCAGGUCGAGGGAUAUUUCUUUAACGACUUGGUUGCAUUCGAUCUUAAUGCGCUGCAGCAAUCGUCGAAUCGGUGGGAAGUAUUGAUCCAGAACACGAUAGACGGCGGCCCACCUCACGGACAGAUACCUCCUGCGCGAACGAACCACACAGUCAUAACUUGGGGUGACAAACUAUACCUCUUCGGCGGAACAGACGGUGUACACUGGUUCAACGACGUCUGGUCGUAUUCGCCAGCAUCGAACUCUUGGACGCAGUUGGAGUGCAUAGGGUACAUUCCGUCACCGCGUGAGGGUCAUGCUGCGGCUCUGGUCGGCGAUGUCAUGUACAUCUUCGGUGGUCGCACUGAAGAAGGCAACGAUCUGGGUGAUCUGGCAGCGUUUCGCAUCACUUCAAGGAGAUGGUACACUUUCCAAAACAUGGGUCCAAGUCCCAGCCCGCGUUCAGGACACAGCAUGACCACUGUCGGCAAGCAGAUCAUGGUUCUUGCAGGAGAGCCUAGCAGUGCUCCCAGAGAUCCUGCUGAGCUCAGCAUGGGAUACGUGCUGGAUACGGGCAAAAUACGAUAUCCGCCGGAUUCUGCCUCGCAGCAAUCCUCAAAUGAGCGCAUACAGGGGACAAGGAGACCAAGCGGCGAGCGGACAGGCAGCAACAACAGUCAAACCCGAGCAGUGUCCAGGCAAGAACUCAUGGAGCGUGAGCGAAGCCAAAACGGCGACAAUCGAAUACGGUCUCCUGAUGGGUCGCGCUUACCUCGCGCGCAAGGACAGCUACCUGCGCCAACCGGUCCUCCACCGCAGGCUCCCGUUCAGAGACCGAAUGGCGCACAACCAGCCGCACGGCAACCAACUCGGCCGCAAGAUCGUGCUUUCAGCCCUGAGAAUGACAGACCGCAGCGAUUCGAUAGCAAUAACAUUGCUGCUGCAUCUGAAGGCGCACGGAACUCUCCUGUAGCGCGAAAUCAACCCAUGCCUACUACUCCCUCAUUCGAUCCGGAACCUGACUAUUUCGAUAACGAGAAACAAGAGCAGCCUGCCGCGAAGCCCGAAACCUAUCAGCCAUCGCAGCAAACACAGCCCCCGCAACCCCCUCAACCGUACGAGCGAACGUCUUCUCGAUCACAAGAGACCCGCCCUAUACGGCAGGAACGACAUGACGAAACGCCCCGCGCAUCCGUCGACACGAACGAGCCCAUGUCAAAAGUGAGGAAGACGUCUGAGGACGACCGUCCCCAAGACUCUGGCCUUGGAUCAUCGCCCGCGCUUACGCAGCAGUAUGACGAGAUGGCGAAAGAGCUGGAGCAAGCGAAGAAGCAGAACGCUUGGUAUGCUUCAGAGCUGGCACUGGCACGGAAAGCUGGAUAUGCAUCUCGAGCGGCAGAAUCACCUGUCUUUGACGAGCGGGCGAACGAGAGCUUUAACGAUGACGACCGGCCUCUGAUUGAAGCCCUGCUCAAGAUGCGCGCUGAGCUUGCUAAAGUGCAGGAGAUGAUUGACGAGCAGAGCAAACAUGCUGCGGAACGAAUCGCCGAGAUCGAGAAGCAGCGCGACAGUGCCAUCAACGAGGCCGUCUUUGCCAAGGCCAAGCUGGCUGGACAAGGCAGCCCGAUGCCAGAUGGUGAGAGCAGAGGCAUCGACCGCAGCAACGACAUCAGUCGACGACUUGCUUCGUCUCUAGAAGCUCAGACCGAGCUGAGCAAGCGCAUAGACACUUUGAUUCAAGAAGUCGAGGCUGAGAAGCACGCACGGGAGCUUGCCGAGGACACUGCAACUGCAGCGCAGAAGCGUGUGGCUGAACUCGAUUCGUAUCGACAACAGCACAGCGCAGAAGUCGAGAGCUUGCGCAACGAACUGCACGAGGCACAGAAGGCGGCGCGAGAGGCUUCUGCCAGCCACGCCGAAAUCUUGGCGCAACAUCAAUUGCUUACAGUGGACAAGGACGAGCUGAGUCGGAAGCUGGAGACUGUGUCUGGCGAUGGGCAGAGUCAUACCACCGUGCUGGUGUCGUUACGAGAGGCCGUCACUGCUUCCACCGAGAAGGCUGAUUUGUUGGAGAAGAAGCUCGAGGAAGAACGCAGCGCCAAGAGUGAACUCGAGAAGAACCUUCGCGAUCUGAAGUCUCAACAUGACGACCGUUUGAGUGAGCUCGAAACCGCAAACCGCCGACUACUUGACGCUGAAGAGCUCGCACAAAAGCAUGCUCAAGAAGCACGCACACACCGUGAAGUUGUUCUGGCAGGCUUUGGCAAAGUGUCAGAACGCGAUGCCAGUGCACCGUCUGGCAACGAUGAGCGUCUUGCGAUCCUUCAGCGACAAGUGGAAUCUGCGAAUGCGCUGGUCCGACAGAACCAAGCCGCAGCAGAUGCGGCAUCUGAGAAGCUUCGUCGUGCUGAAGAGCGCAUCGCUGGCUUGGAAGCCUACCAGGAACAAGCCAGCCGUGAAGGUCUAUCGAUUCGGAAGCAACUGCAGGCUACCAUGCGAGACAAUCAAAACCUCAGCAGUGAGAAGGCUGAGCUGGAGCAGAAGCUUGAGAGGCACAUGCUGGAGACUAACGCGCUUUCAGUACAACACGCUUCCUUGAAGGAUAUCCUUGGCGAGCGUGGUAUCAAUGCCUCUGAAAAGCGACGAUCGAGAGCUCUUGAUUCGCCAAGCAUGCAACAACGCUUCAGCACGCCAGAUCUUGCACGAGUACGUGAACUCGAGCAGCAACUGGAGACUAACAUCAAGAAUCAGGAGGAGCUCAAGAUGCAAUACGAGGAGAUUAACGAGCGAGGCGAGAAGAUGAAGCGAGAGUACGAAGAGAAGCUGACUGCUCUCGACAACGAUCACCAAGCGGCGGUUAAGUACUUGCGCGGCACGGAGAAGAUGUUGUCGAAGAUGAAGCAAGAGCUGCAACGUGUGAAGAACGAUAAUGGCGAACUUAAGAAGAAGUUGGACAAGGCCAAGGACGACGCUGAAAUGAGCAAGCGUAAUACCCCUGAGCCUUCUUCAGCUGAGUGGGAAGCCGAGCGCGAGAAGAUGAAGAAAGAGUUUGAAUCAACUCAAUCGAGUCUGCAACACUCGGUGUCAGAGAUGGAGAAGAGGAUCGCGACGAUGCAGCAACAACUGUCUUCUACCGAGAGCGAACUACAGCAGGCGAAGACCUCGCACACGUCCGCCCAGAAUGACCUGGCCACGUUGCAGAACACCUUCUCGCAAUCACGUAACGACAUUGACCGCCUGCAAAAGGAGAACUCUCUCCUAGAAGAGCGAGCGAGAGAUGCCGAAAACAAGGUCCAGCUUUUGCUUGAUCAAGUCGAGCACAGUGUGGACAACUACCGCCGACAGUCUCGCAUGUCGACUGGUAACACUCCCAUCAUGAAUGGUACUGGCAGUGGACACCAGCGCGCACCCAGCGGCGUCAGCGAGGCCAGCGUAGCUUCAAGCCACACCAAGGGCCACACUCGCGAUACCUCUGGCGGAGGCGACAGCAACUACUCGGCCAGCGGCGUAGGUGGUCAACCAGACUCCGCAGGAGCGCAAGACCACCGCAACUCCAUGGCUCUGGACUCCCUCGCCAGCGAACUCGACGCCCUACGCACCCAUUGGGAGACGACGAACAAGAACUAUCGCCUCUCGGACCGCUUCGACUUCGAACGCACUCCCACGUCCGCCACGCACGCCCCGGCUGGCACGGGCGUUGGCGUUGGCGGUCUCGCCGACUGGAGGCGGGGACUCGAGCUCGACGAUGAAGAUGAUCAGACGAGACCUGGUACCCGAGAGGGCAAAGCCGGGAGCGGAGAGGGCAGCAGCGCGCGGGUCAGUCGCGACGAUAUGCCCACGCCGACCGCGACGACCACCACCGGCACUGGUGGUGGAAUGCUGUGA